CGUACUUUUGUCAUUAACAAUUCUGACCGUUUGAAAGAUUUGUUAUAUAUGUAUGUUAAAGUGUGUGUUGUUAGUUAAAGCCUGUCUUUAUUUAUGACUUUAUGAUUUAUGACUUACAAGAAGACCAGCGCACAUUUCAGUAGCUAUUUACUUUUGAAAUCUAAACCUUUCAUUACACAUUUAAAUUUGUAAUUCUUUAUUCUUUGUUUGUAAUUCUUUUUUGCAUUGGUCUGCAUUUCUGCUGUAGUAGUAUUUAACUUUGUAUUAGCUUGAGGGAAGUAACAGUUAAUACAAAUCAUCUGUCUUUCAGACAGUGUAGGCAGUUUGUUGAACAGUGUUUUAGGAAGUGACGUUGUCACACACUAGCAGGAAAUGGAGAGUUUCUUUUAAUAUGUGUAACUCAAGUGCUGCCGACUUUCAGAGUUUGUACCACAGAAAAGUAAAAAAAAACUUAAUUUGCUAGAUAAAGGGUAAAAUUGUGCAGUUAUAGAACUGGAUGAAUUUAUGAGACUUGGAUACAUCUCACCGAGACAUAAGCAAAUCCUGGAUGCUCCGUCAUGUGCUCAGUGUUAAUUGUGUAUUCUAGUGAGGCCCAGGACUGGGCCUCAUACCUAAAGCUCAUCCUAGAGACGUCACAUCAUUUCCCCCAGGAUUCUAUUUCUUUCUAUCUUGUGGAUGAAGAACAUUCAGUGCAAGAUGAAGACUAUUCAAUUUUUAGCACCAGCCAGUGCAUCUUGCUUUUGCUCUCAGCAGCAUUUAUAGAUAUUCAAAGUGAACCAGAGGUGCGGAACGCCUUGAAGAAGUUUCUUUAUCCACCGAGUAAAAUCGUCGCAUUUCUGUGUGGCGUCUCUGAAAACGAUGACUUAAUGGACUGUUUUGAAAACUGGAAUAGUUGGAGAAAACUUGAUUCAGAUGAUGAGCCAGCACUAUAUGUCGCCACAGUCUGUGAAGUUAUCGAGAAAGAAAACUUGAUAAAGUUUGAGGAAGAAGUGACGACUGAAAAUACAAUCCCAUCACGAAAACAAAGUAUGGAUCAGCCUGAUCCAGAGGAAUCUCAUGAGCUCCAUUCAGAUCAGUUCCACUCAGCAGAGGAAGAUGUGGAUGUUUCAGAUGGAAACUUGACUCCAUACAGGAAUCUAUCGGUAUCAGAAGAACAGAAAUCAUGCCUUACUGUCCAACCGAACAGAAUCCUCUGUGGGACCCCAGUCGAUAUUUAUAUCAUUAUGGUAAACAAGUUGGACAGUCACGACAGCAUCGAAGUGGAGUUUGACUGUGAACAUUCAACAAAACGUUUGUUGGGAACUGCUGUGAACGAAUAUAUUGUUACAGUUCAGUCACCUGAUAUGCCAACUGGGGAAGUUGCUCUGCAUGUUUAUAGUAAUGAGUCGAUUGUAUGUUCAACAACUGUGACCUACUACACAGAAAUGGAGGAAAUUAGCAAUUAUCUUGAAAAAGUUAUGGACCCUGUGCAUUUUAUGUGUCAGGCAUUCAGUAUUACAUCAAGUGCAUCAGAGGCGUUGGAUAACUUGUUUACAGAUUCUCUCAAAAAACACAUGCCUCCCAAUGGACUGCAAGUAUUUGGAAUUAAUCAGCUUGAAGAGGAGAUUAAAAAUCAGUGGGAUGUGGAACUCCCGACAUUACUUCACUUCUCGGCAAAGUACGGAUUUAAAAAGCUGACUAGCACAUUACUGCAAUGUCCCGGAGCCCUUCAGGCCUACAGCAUAGCAAACAAAGAUGGGGAUUACCCUAAUACACUGGCCGAGAGAAGUGGCUUUCCUGAUUUGAGACAGUUCAUGGAUGACUAUGUUGAGACCAUAGACUUGGUCAAGUCUCACAUAGAGGAAUCCAUGGCAACUCCAGAAGAUGAGGACAUUUAUGAGCCAAUGGCAAACGCAUCACAAGAUUUCGUUGCCAAGUUUUCUCUUCAGGAGGACAUAUACGAGUCCAUGAUGCAACUCAAUCCUGACAUGCAGUUGUAUGAGGACUUGAGCUGUUUGGACAACUCCUUCAAUGAGUCGAAUUCAGAAGACGCUGCGUUGAGAAAGUUUUUCCAAGUAAAUGCAGAGAAGCAUUCUGAGACAGAAGACAAUCUCAUAAGUGAUGCAUACUCUGGUAGAAGACUUGAUGAGACGGAAGAGGAAAACAUAGAAGACAACAUGGAAAACUAUGAGGAGGAAGAUGAGGAGGACCCAUAUAAGCUCUGCUAUCCUGAUGAAAUUUAUGACACCAUAGAUGGUGAAGAAAGCUUUGCAUCUGUAAUUGUGAAUCGACCGCCGGCACCGAUACCUCGAACACACACCACCUCAGAGCCUGAGGAAUGCAAAACCUAUAUUUCAACAGUUUUCUGUUCCAAGAACUCAUUGUAUUCAGAAAGCAACGGCAAAGACGAUCAAUGUCCUCAAGUGAGGCCGGUCCCAGAGCGAAUGCUCAGCAGUACCCACGAUCCCUAUGCUGGCAUGAAGACCCCGGGUCAGAGGCAGCUCAUCUCCCUGCAGGAGAGGGUGAAGGUGGGCGCGCUCACCGUGGAGGAGGCAGUGCAGGAGUUUAAAGCCUGGCAGUUUGACCAGGAAAAACGAUCCCAGUCCAUCCGCUUCCAGCAGGAAAAUUUACAAAAAUUACGAAACAGCAUCAUCCGACGUAAAAAAGACAAAGGAAAAAGCGGGAAAGCAUUAGAUCUGGAUAUAACUGCUCCAAUGCAGAGGAACCUGCACUUUGGAUCUCAUAUGAACGUUGAAUGUUCUGUGUAUGAGCCAGCACCUCGCUCCGUCACACAACCCCCAUCUGCAAACAGACCACCACAGAGAGGAACUUGGCAUACAGGAAGUACGUCCAGCACAUCUAGCAGUGGAAGCAACAGGCUGAGCACACUGAGCACCGUCAGUAACAGCAGUGGGGCAGAAGGUGAACUAGAGGAGCCUCAGGAAAAUGGUCCUCCUCCACCUCGCCCACCCCGCCCAGCAGCUGAAACUCCGCCCACACUCCCUCCUCCCAGAGUCCCGCCUCGCUUACCUGAACGGUAUCCAGACAGCAUGCUGAAUGAGCGUUAUGUAUCAAAUCCAGCUCGUCUCUCCCACACGCCUCCUCACAGACCCAUCCCUCCACCACCCACAACACGACGGCCAUGGUGAUCUCUCCUUACACAUGACUUGUGCUUACUAUUAUGUCACUUUUGAUCAAACUUAUGGAACUCAAAUGUGUAAAAGACUUUUCAUUAUGAAGAAGGCUAAAGCCUGCCAUCUGGUGGCCAUGAGUUUUAAAGGACAGCUGGAGGACUACCGCAAUGGAAACCUGAGUUAGUGGUGCUCAGAAAGGCCUUGGUGUUACGUUCGUCUUUUGUUAUUGUUCUUCAAUAUCACACAUCAUGCCUAAAAUCAGAUCGAUGUAAAAUAACAGUAAUUACUAAAUUGAUCUUAACAUGUUGUUAAAUUGAUCACUGGUUCUGAUUUGAUUAAAUCAUUUUAUCAUAUCCCAGCGGCUUUAGUAAACUAGGAUCCUCAGGUUAUUUACAGCUUUAUAAGCAGUAUAUAAUGUUUUUAAUCCAAUCGAAUCACUAUAUAUAUUUUUUUGUAUUCAGUAAUAGUCCUAUAAUAACCUUUCACAUCUUACCAGAAAUGUUUCUGUCUCCAUGACAUGUGAAGUGGACAGGAAACUAAGCAGGAACUGAAAAUGACUGAUGAUUCUAACAAAUGGAAGCUGAUUUAACUUUAUUGUUCAUCUGCUAGUCUGUGCAACAUCAUUCAAAUGAACUGAAUAUAGCUUCAGGCUUUUCUUUUCUGAAAGAAAAAUAUAAAGAAAGCUGUAUGAAGCAGAGACAGUUCCUGAACAUUAUUUUCCUAAGAUAUUAAAUAUGUAAACAAACAUC